AUGAUCUCAAAAGUAGUAGUAUAUAAAAUAGAGAAUAUCAAAGUAAAACAAGCCUCAUCAUCAGACCAGCAUGCUUCUGAACCAGAGGUUAUGAGUAAUGGCUCCAAGAACUUUGUCUUUACAUCUCCAGAAUAUCCAGGAAGAAAUCAAGAGAUUCAGUGUCGUGAGAUAUCGAGCAAGUUUUAUACUAACCAAAUGCUUCAGUCCUUGCCGUUCCUGAAAAAUUGCAAAUUACUUAAAAAGCAGCCGAAAGGUAUUUUAGAAAGCCAUAAAACCAAGGAGAAGAGUCCUAAACCAUCAAAGAGGGAUACUAGUGGAAGGACUGAUAUUCAUAAUAGAAGGAUCUUAAGAAUGAUUAAGAAACUCUACACCUAUCUAUUUCUAUACCAUAACGAUAGGCUGAGGAACAAGAGGUUCAUCAAUAUCCCUUUAGCUGUAACUCUUGCAGAGCUGAAGAAGUUCGCAGCAGUUUAUAUACCUGGUGCAUGUUUUGGAGAUAUGGCUGAGUUCUUGUUUCAAUUCAUCAAUUUUAACUCUUCAGAUAGUAAGCCAAACUCAGUUGCAGCUCAGACUGGUGCAGAUGCAUUUAAUUGUACUCAUACGUACACGGUGGCAAAGUUUGAAACUCUUAUGAGUUCUGAAUUGUUUAGAAUAAUGAUUAUUUCUUUUAUGAAAUUAAGAAACGCUACACCAGAUUCAGUUAUUUCUAUGAGGGACAGCCAAAAAUGGGAGAAACAAUACGAAGUGAAUCCAGCAAAGUUCGAUGAUAUACUUACCAAUUGCUUAUACUCGAACUUAGGGCCCAAAAUUGGGAGAACACUGGAAAAGGUUUACGCUAAAUGUGUUAGCUUCAGAGUUGGACAUAUCGCCUAAAUGUUUCAAAAAACAACUCAAGAUAAAAUAAUUUAUAAAAAUAAGAAAUAAAAUUUCAAGACUAAAUUUUUUUCUUGCUCACUAGCUCCCAAUCAGAAUUUAAUUUAAUUACCUAAUUAAGACUCAUAGGUGAUGCUCAAUAGUUUAGAAGUUUUAGUUACACCUUGUUUAUUUUAUGACAAGCAGAAGACACUGUUCCCAGUAUUUGAAUAGUAAUUAUUAAUAGUAAAAGCCGUAGGUCAAUAUUUGAAUUUCAAAAUCCUCUUAACCAAAUCCUCCUGGAAGAAUUAUUGAUGCCAAUAUUAAGCUAUGGCUCUAGUGCAAAAUUUCUAUUAGUUUUAAUCGAAUCCCUAGUGUCUGCCUCUCUUAUGAGGUUAUAUAUCUGAAACUAGAUUUCAUAAAUAAUUCUGACAAAUCAGUCAAUUUCUAGAUUAGAGUAUUAUUUACUAGCUUUAACCUAGUUUUUAAUAUAUUAUUAAGUGAUUCCUUGAUGCUAUCUUUACUUUAUCUUAUUAUGAAUUUACCUGCAUCGGGCAUAGUUCUCUUAUAUCUCCAAACAAUUAACACUAAUAACAACCCUCAUUACCCAAAUCCUACCACUCAACCCCCCAAAAAAUAACCAUUUCUAACCCCUCCAAAGCACACAUCCACAACUCCCAAUCCUCCACCCC